AUGGAGGUAAGUAGGCUUGUUUGGGAUUACCUACGGUGUGUUGUGGCUAUAUACUGUGUGGAAAAGGCGGGACAUGCCCUCGUCCGUGAGAGGAUCCAUUACAACUGUUGGAAAAAAUAUCAACUAAAUAACGAAAUCAAAGAGAGUUUAUCUUCAUUAUUUAGGAAAAUAACCAGAGAUGAUGAUAGAAAGAGAAUCCAACAAGAUCUGGAAAAGUCGUACAUGAAAGAAUUUGAAAUGGUGAAGACACGCCAGAUUAAGAAGUUGAUGAAACUCAAAGGUCAGAGAAUGAAGACUGAAAUCCGUCACCCACCUGUGAAAGCAGUAAUUAAUGUAAGUAGCCGACAUCUAGAAAGCUCUGAAGAAGCAGUACUGAACAAAGGUCUCAAAUUUGCGACAACCAUCAAGCGUAUUCCAUACUUGGAUAUAAUAGUCCCUAUUGAAGAGAUAGCCAUAAAGAUACCAAAAGCUCAGGGAGAUGAACUAAGGUGGAAUGUGAGACAGGUACUAGAAAAAGCAAAACUUCCUAAACCAAACAUCACUAAGGAAGAAAAGUUCGCUAUCAAAAGACUACAGAGUGACAAUUCCAACAUAAUACUUACAGCAGACAAGAGAAAUGCUGCAGUGGUGAUGAACAAGUCUGAUUACUCGGAAAAAUUCUUAAAAAAAGUCUUAAAAGUCUUAAAAGUGAUGGUAGCUACAGAGAGAAAGUUGUAA